CUAUGAACUCGUUGCUCAUCGAUCUUUUCCGACGCGACAACAAACCGUUACUAUGGAUACUCACGUAAACGAAGAAUACGAGGGACCGACGGGCGACGCGGAACCGAGCGGAACGUUGCACAGUUUCCGGCGAAACGAUCGCGUUUGGAACAUGAAUACUUCCGCGAUCGCGAGGAGCGCACGUUUUUACGCGAUCGGGGAGACGGUGAGAUGAAUCGGUUCGACGAAGGAAUUUCCCGGCGACGGAGCACGCCGGAAGGCUUGUUUAACGAGCGGCGUUCGAGCAGCGAAGAAUCUUCAACCCUCGCGACCGCUGAUUCGCCGCGAUUGAAAAGCACGCCCCUCGGACCGCGAGACGAUUUAAAAGAAAUCGAUGGGUCUCGGCGAGGUCCGCGAAAGAUCGAACGGGUGCUCUCGGGUGGUUCGCACAGGUUUCACAGGCGGAGAAUCCGGAAAAAGAGUCGCGAAAGAGUCGACGGAGGAAGCGAGAGGCGACGCGACAGGCGGAAGAAGCGAAGACAUCGUCUCGAAGACGAAAAUCACGAUGAAGAGCAAAAAGACUCCUCGGGCUCUUCGAACGAGACUCACGGCGACAGCGAUGUGAAACCGGAACGGUCCAAAAGAAAACGGGACGACGAGCGAACGAACGAAUUACCGAUCACGGAAAUUUUGAAGAGAUCUCAAGAGAACGCGAGAACCAAGUACGAGGAUCAAUCGCCUCUCCCCGUGUUGGUCACGGACAAGGUUUACGUGCAGCGCAAGGAUGGCUUCAGCGCUAUAAAAAUGAAUCAAUCCCGCGAUGAAAGGAAACGCGCGUCCGAGGAAAACAUAGACGAAGAUCGAAACGCACCACCCAUAAGAUUAGCGAUUGCGAUCCAACGACUCUGGAAGAACACCGGCUUCUUUCAUCAAGGUCUACUGGCGGGCAUGGCGCUCAUGCAUUGCGCGAUGCUACAUGUAUUUUUUGACGUCUCUACAGAGUUCAUAGUCAAGUAUUCGAUCCUGUGCGAGAUUUAUACGAACGCGUUCUCGUUUCUCAUCGCUGUAUGCGUCGUGUCGACGUUCGACAAAUUCGACUUGGCCCGUUUCGACGUCGAUCAUCUACGGGAGUUAUAUUUCGAAUACGACCGGGCAGUGAUCGCGAUUCCUCUGUAUCUGAUAGCUCUCUGCCUUCAUCUGGUCUGUGCGAGAACCGACACCCGAUUGGGUUUGACGCAGUAUCGGAACAAUUUCAGCGCGUGGGAGAACACGACCGACGUUUCAUCUCUCAUAGACGAUUUAAGCAGCUGGCAAAAAAUAACCACGUCUAAAGACUUACUCGUGACGUUCGCCUGGGUGUUUGUUUCCCUCGGCACCAAAGACGACUCGUUCUUGACGUAUCUCCGAUCGAUGGAGAAAUACACGAACGACGUUGAGUCCUCCAACCGGUAAUUUCGACCGUGAGGAG